UGACGUAGCAUAUUGGAGAAGCCGACACAAUCCUGGCUUCUGAAGGGAGGCGAUUCAGAGUCCACAGACCUUGUGAGUUUAGUUACGAACACCGAACAGGCUUAAGUUGCGUAUCUGCAACCACGAGGAACGGAAGAUGUCGACACUGUCAAUGCCAUCAAUGCCAGCGUUACAGUUAUUACCAGAGCACCUGGUAAGCACGGGAUUUCACCUUCCCAAAGGUCGGCUGACCGCCAUCUUGCCUGUGGCGGCGGCGGCGGCGGCAGCUUUUGGCGCCUACCUGCUCUGCAAGUCCACCGGCGGCAAGAACGGCCGGGUGAACAAGACCAUCGACAAGGACAGCCCCAAGGUGGUGCACAGCUUCGACGUGGAGGACAUCGGCUCCAAGGCGGCAUACUGCCGGUGCUGGAGGUCCAAGAAGUUCCCCUACUGUGACGGGUCCCACGGCAAGCACAACCAGGAGACGGGUGACAACGUGGGUCCCCUCAUCAUCAAAAGGAGGGACGUCUAGGCACCCGUCCCAUCACAACCUCCUCUACAGACACAGCUUCCAUCAAAAUCAUCAGAAAGGUUAAAGGUUAAAGGCUAACUGUGAGAGGAGCACAUUUGACAGUUACCCCUUCUGCCCUCCAGACGUUAACUGUCUUUGGGAUACGCAGAUGCACACCUUCUUGCCGAAGAGCCGUUACAUGGCAUGAGCUCUAAUAAAUAUCAGCCUUUGACAUUAAACGCACAGAAAAUGAAUGAGUGUGUCUUAAUUUUAACUUGAAUGCACUGAUACAAAAAAUAUUUUUUCUCUGCCUCUGAAGAGCCUUUCCAGUUGCAAAGUGGCAAGCUGUUUGAGAGUAAGAGCCAGUAUUUCCAGUUUGUCCUAAGCAGGGCAUGUUUGUGUGCUCUGUUUGUAGUUACACUUGUGCAGCGCAUGAUUGUAUACCAAAUAUGGCCAAUGAAAUGGUGAAGUGCAGUUUCUUGUUUAAGUCACCUGUAUUUUGAAUAAAUCUAAGCUCCUGAUUGAGUUAA